UGGAAAAGAAUAGAAUGAAAUCAUCUUUUCAUGGCCUUUUUAUCUUGUACUUGGCUUGGUACAGAAAGAGCUUUUGUUUUCCAUAAAGUUGGGAAAGGAUAUAAAAAGAACAACUAUAGUAUUAGAAAAAGUUCUAGUGCAGUCCUGAAGACUAGUUGUUGUGUCCAGUUUUCUGAUCAUCAAAAGGAAUAUACUGCAGCUUUGGUUAUUCCAACGGGGACUGGAGCUAGAAUAGGAGGCUAUGCAGGUGAUGGAUUGCCUACUGCUCGAGCCUUUGCUUCUGUGGUUGAUCGACUGAUUGCUCAUCCAAAUGUAUUGAAUGGUGCUCUUAUGUAUUGGCCUAUGGACAACGUUCUUUAUGUAGAAGGAUUUGGGAUGGACCAGUUUUUUAGUGGAAAGUGGGGUCUUCGUCCAGUCAGAUGGAAUCGGGUAGGUUUGGUAUUGGACAGUGGAAUCGAAGAAGAGUUGCUGUAUCGUCAUCUUCAGUGUGCAGAUGCUGCUCGAGCCACAUUGGGAAUUGCCGUGACUGAUUAUGCUUUGACUGAAAAGGCGUUGCAUGUUGAGACUUUUAUAACGGACGAUGGGACAAGUAGUGGUAGAAUUGAAGGGUUAGAACUAUUGGUUCGAGCUAGCCGAAAGUUGAUAGAAGAAAGAAAUUGUGAUGCCAUAGCGUUGGUAACUCGGUUUCCAGAUGAUGAUGAUGAGUUGCUGCAUUCUUAUCGACAUGGCUAUGGAGUGGAUAUUGUGGGUGGAGCAGAAGCUCUCAUUUCUCGACAUGUUGCUCAAGAAUGUCAAGUUCCAUGUGCACAUGCACCUGCAUUAUCUCCAUUACCAUUGGAUAAGACGAUUCAUCCCAAGUCUGCUGCUGAGGAAUUGGGAUAUACUUUUUUGACAAGUGUUUUAGUGGGACUUUCUAGAGCUCCUCAUUAUAUAACAAGUCGUCAAGACUCACAUGCUGAAGAUAUUUGGGUGGAUUCUUUGGAUGCGGUAGUAUUACCAUUUGGAGUUCACCAAAAUACUUGUGCAGUUGAGCAAUUGUAUCAUUCACGUACGGCCUUGUUUUAUGUAGAAGAAAAUAGUACCGAAAAGAAAGAUAUUCCAAUCCCAUCAGAUAAUCGUUUGAUAAAGACCAGCAACUAUUUGGAAGCUUUAGGUUUCAUAGCGGCACAUAAAGCAGGAGUAUUAUGGGACGCUAUGAGACCACAAAUCAGCUCCAUUCGACGAUGUCCAUAAAUAGGAUAAAUAGGAUGAAUCCUAUCAGGCAGCAAAGGUACAUUUCCCAGCAAU